CACACACACACACACACACACACACGCACGCACGCACGCACGCACACACACACACACACACCUGGAGAAACACUGGAACUCAUUGCUGUUAACCAAGUAGUCCAAAUGACAUUGCCUGAUCAUCCGGAUUUACAAAUGAUUCCUGAAUGGAAGAAGCAAUAUAUUAGCUACGAGACCCUAAAGCCUAUGCUGAAAAAUGAAGAUAGACUUAACCUCAUUUGUUAUGUAAUAAUGAGACACUGUAUAGGAAACAGUCAAAGAUCUGUGACAGAGGAAUUCUUCAAAAGCUGUGAGGAAGAGCUGAACAAGGUGAACCGCUUCUAUUCAGAGAAACUAUCAGAAGCUCAUAACAGAUUGGCAACAUUUGGGAUUGUAGCGCAGGAUGUUUCUGGAUCUGAUCAAGGACAUAAUCAUGUCGUCAGAAUUACUCCACCUAUUAAAAGAAAAAACACCAAUAUAAAACAAAUCAAAAUGGCAGUUUGUGAGCUCUACCUGAGCCUGGCCUUUCUGCAAAAAUACCAGGAAUUUAAUUAUAAAUGUUUCUGCAAGAUCACCAUAAUGUAUGAUUCAAAGUUUGCUUCUGAACAUGGCCUAAAAUGGAGAAAUGAGAGGCUUGACACAUCUCUUCUCAACACGGACAGGGGCAAAUGUAAACAUCUCAUGUCUAAACUGGAGACAUUUAUGAUUCAGCUGGAGGGGGGUGACAAAUUGAGAGCAAUGAAAAGACUUGAAGUCCCACCAAUGGACAAAACACCGAAAGUUGAAGUGUGGAUAAUGUUUCGGACUGGCUUCUCUUGUGGCCUCAUCCUGGCUUUCCUUACCAUUUUAAUUUUCAGAGUGUUUAAUGAAACAGACCUGGAGCUUCUGAAGCCUCAGCUGCAGCUUUACAAGGGAAGUUUCCUGCUGAUUGAGUUUUUGUUCCUGAUCGGACUGAACCUGUACUGCUUUAAUACUUCAGCAAUAAAUCACACGCUCAUCUUUGGACUGGAUCCCAGAGAGCACCUCUCAUGCUACCAUAUUUUUGAGAUGGCCGGGGGUCUGACUAUGUGCUGGUGCUCUAGUAUACUGGCUAGUCUUCAUCCUCCUGUGCUGUCAGUUCCACAGCAGCUCCAUCCACUGCUUUUUCACAGCUUCCUCCUGUUUCUGCUACUAAACCCCUUCUCCAUAUUUCACGCUCAGGCUCGUCGCUGGCUCAUGGUCACAAUGUGUAAGGUCUUGGCAGCCCCCUUCCAGCCUGUGGGCUUUGCAGAAUGCUGGCUAGCAGAUCAAUUCAACAGUCUUAGCCCUCUGUUCCUUGGCUUGAGGGAUCUGCUGUGCUUCUAUACCUGUCAGAUCAACUGGAGAGAUAUGUGGUCUGACAGCCUUCCAUCCACAGUGAGUCUGGACUGUGGGCAGUAUAGUAUGGCUGUAACCUGUCUGAUCCAGUGUUUUCCACCAUGGCUUAGAUUUGCACAAUGCCUGAGGUGCUUCUGGGACACUGGCCACACGCUACAUCUACUGAAUGCAGGAAAAUACUUCACUGUGUUUCUUAUGGUUACAUUCGCCGGCCUCUACAACAUGGCUAGAGAGAGAUCUGCCCUGCUUGAAGAGGGGAGGAUAUACCUGUAUAUAUGGGCCGUGGUUACCUGUAUGGGUGUUCUAGUUACAGUGAGUUGGGAUUUAAGGAUGGACUGGGGAUUACUUCAGGGAAAUGGCCUGCUAAAAGAUGAGUUGGUGUACUCCCAACAGUUGUACUACUAUGCAGCCAUGCUGGCGGAUGUGCUGUUGCGGGUCUCCUGGGCUAUAAAUAUCCUUCUGGCUCAGAUGAAGGAUUCAGCUGCAGCUGCCACUGCAAGUGCCCUGCUGGCACCACUGGAAGUCCUCAGACGUUUUAUUUGGAAUCUCUUUCGGCUAGAGAACGAGCAGCUGAAAAACUGUGAUAAAUGUUGUGCUGUUCGUGAUUUGUGGAACAUCUGGAGGCAUCUGGAAAAGGAUCUGAAUGUUCUGUCUGAAGACCAUCACAAAAUUACCACACAUGGCACAAUAUGCUGUUUACCUCUCCCAAAUCAGAGGGUAAAGGAGACAAAACUGCCUGCUGGGGGAAAGAUGCAGAGAUUCGCCCAUGUAUUUAAGGAAGAAAAUAUAUCUGUAUGAAAAUGAACGAAAUUCAUUUGAGAUAUUUGCGUAAUGCAGGUAGGCAAAUGAUAUGUUAGAUAUUAACCAUAAUUAAUUCUGUAACUAUCUGUUUAUCUAGACCCUGUUGAGAAAUUGCACGUGUAUUGUAUUCUCUGCAUUCAAGUAAAACUGAGCUAAUGUUUUUAUGUUUCAUUAAAUUAUUUCACU